UUUUAAGACUGGCAAAUAGCCACAUUUUUUCUUCCUUUUUGCUAGCUAUUUCCGGCGAGUGUUUAUACAUAAUUUAAAUCGAGAAGAUAUAAUGGGUUUCGUUAAGGUAGUUAAGAACAAGCAGUACUUCAAGAGGUACCAGGUGAAGUUCCGUAGGCGCCGGGAAGGCAAGACUGAUUACUACGCCCGGAAACGCUUAACGUUUCAAGACAAAAAUAAGUAUAAUACUCCAAAGUACCGUUUAAUCGUGCGUCUGUCCAAUAAGGAUAUUACUGUGCAGAUCGCCUACGCUCGAAUCGAGGGUGAUCGAGUAGUUUGCGCCGCGUAUUCUCAUGAACUUCCUAAGUAUGGAAUCCAGGUUGGUUUGACAAAUUAUGCUGCUGCUUAUUGCACGGGAUUACUGGUCGCCCGCCGUGUUCUUAACAAGUUGGGUCUGGACAGUCUCUAUGCCGGUUGCACAGAAGUAACAGGUGAAGAGUUCAACGUGGAGCCAGUUGAUGACGGCCCAGGCGCUUUCCGUUGCUUCUUAGAUGUUGGCCUGGCUCGCACAACAACUGGAGCUCGUGUGUUCGGUGCAAUGAAGGGUGCUGUUGAUGGUGGUUUGAACAUCCCCCACUCAGUGAAACGAUUUCCCGGAUACUCGGCAGAGACGAAGAGCUUUAAUGCCGAUGUGCAUCGCGCUCAUAUCUUUGGACAGCAUGUUGCUGACUACAUGCGCACUCUGGAGGAGGAGGACGAAGAGAGCUUUAAACGCCAGUUUAGCCGAUACAUAAAGUUGGGUAUUCGCGCUGAAGAUCUUGAAGAUAUCUAUAAAAAAGCCCACCAAGCCAUUCGUAACGACCCCUCCCAUAAGGUCACCGACAAGAAGGCUUCUGGAGUUACGAAGAGGUGGAAUGCUAAGAAACUCACAAACGAGCAACGCAAAGCCAAGAUUGCGGCUCACAAAGCCGCUUACGUGUCAAAGCUUCAGUCGGAGACCGAAGCGUAACAGUGCUUUUCCAGCGUUGCAGUUUAAAUUGGUAUAAACAUAAAUAAAGAGUUGUAAUGACAUAA